AUGCCUAGGACUUUAUUCAACGCGCUUGCUAUUCGUCAUCCUGAAAUUACUUUACAGAUUUCUCGUAUUAUUGCGUCAAGAACACGGUUGCAACAAGAUCGGGAUUACAAUCAUAAAAACACUGGUGCAGAACUUGGUAAAAACAAUACUAAUCUUAAAACUGUCUGUAUAUUGCCUGUGAAUGAAAACGUUCCCGUAACCGAGUUUGCAGAGAAAUUGAAAUACGCUUUAGAAAGAUCUGGUGAAACAGCUACUCUAUUAAAUCAGACUUCUGUAGUACCAGUAAUGGGCAAGCAUGUAUUUACACAAAUGGGAAGGUUGAAGCUUAUUAGUUGGCUUGCUGAACAAGAAGAAAAAUCGCGAAUUGUGUUAUAUUUGGCCGAUGGAGGGCUUAAUUCUUCGUGGACUCAAACUUGUAUUCGUCAGGUAUUUUGUUUUGUACCAUACCUUUAA